CUUUCGCGUUUCAACUCAAUAUGUCUCACGCUUCAAAAAUCAGUGACGGAGUCUGUGAUCAAGUGACUGAGUUCAGAUUGGUCCAUGCAGACUGUACGUGGAGCAGACAGACGGCAGACUGUGAGCACUUUGAAGGACGGCUGUCAGACGCCAAGAUUUAUGAGUCUUCAUCAGAAGAUGGAGUCACAUGGACAGUGGUCAGUCCUAUCGUCUUUACCUAUCGCGUCAUUCAGUGUGAGAGGCUUCUGGAUGCAAGCAAUGACACCUUACUCUUCGGCCAUAUCUCCAACCCUACAGAGCUCCAGGCCCUUAAGAACAACAGUAAAGUAAUGAAGCGAUUCAUUGUGAUUGACGAGACUGUUAAUGAUCUUUACGGCUCACAAGUGGCAGCUUAUUUCAAAGCUAGGGGGGUGACAUACAAGAUCCUUCCCUUACCCACAACUGAGGAGAACAAGUCCAUGACAUUGGUGACCAGAAUCUUGGAGGAGGUCCAUAAAUUUGGGAUUGACCGCCGUACGGAGCCCAUUAUCGCUAUCGGUGGCGGCGUGUGUCUGGAUAUCACGGGUCUCGCGGCAUCACUGUACCGCAGACGUACUCCGUAUAUCCGAGUCCCUACUUCGCUGUUGGCUUACAUCGACGCCAGUGUAGGUGCAAAGACUGGGGUCAAUUUUGCCAACUGUAAAAAUAAGCUAGGAUCAUACAUCCCACCUGUGGCAGCGUUCCUGGACAAGAGUUUCCUCGGCACUCUGCCCCGCCGCCAUAUUUCUAAUGGAAUGGCCGAGAUGCUGAAGAUGGCGCUGAUGAAACACAGAGGACUCUUUGAACUUUUGGAGAAGGAGGGCAGACUUUUGUUGGACUCUAGUUUCCAACCACUGAAGAGAAUCCCAGAAAAUGUGCAUUCGGACCCAGCGAGUGUGUCCACGAGACUGGCCAUUGAAACCAUGCUGGAGGAACUUGCCCCAAACCUGUGGGAGGAUGAUCUGGACCGGCUGGUGGACUUUGGCCAUAUCAUCAGUCCAGAGCUUGAAAUGAAAAUACUUCCUGCGCUUCUGCAUGGAGAGGCGGUGAACAUUGACAUGGCUUUCAUGGUCUACGUGGCUCGUGAAAGGGGCUUUCUGACAGAAGAAGAGAAAAGACGGAUCAUUGUGUGUAUGCAGAGUCUAGAUCUUCCUGUGUGGCAUUCAGACUGCACUCUGGAUCUAGUACUGAAGUCCCUUACUGAACGUCUCAAACACUCCAGAGGAUUUCUGAGAAUGCCUCUACCCACAGCACUGGGAAAAGCAAGAAUCUUCAAUGACACAGAAGAGAGCACUGUGUGCCAAGCGUUCAAGAAGUGGUGUGAUGAACAGUGUGAAACCACCAUGAAACCAGAAUAACACACCAAAGGAAAUGUUGAGUCUGGUUAUAUUCCUAAACCAAGAAAACAUCUGUGCUGCAAAAUCAUGACGCACCAAAUCAUGAAUGAAAAAAACUCCAGAGAUUGUGAAAACCACUCAGUUUUAUUUCAAUGUCUGUAACAUUUUCAUUCCCAAUACACUUGUCAAGCUUUAAAACCCAACAAUGAAAUGCUACUUUCCUCAUAAAGCUUCCCAGUGGAAGUUUCAUGGUUUGAGUGAAAGGUGACUUUCCCAACAGGUUUAAAGUGGGCCGGCUUCCAGUACUGAAUUCAUAAGAAAAUUAAUGUUUUAUACAGAAAUUCAACCAAAAAUCAACAUUGCAAGGUAUUCUAAGUUCCUUCUUAAAUAAUGUUUGGUUAAGCUUCAAAAAUAUAAUACAAAAGUCUAUUAACAAAACAAAAACCAUCUUGUGGCCAAGACACUUUUAUAAAAGACAGACCGAUCUGUAUUUGUUAUGAAAAGACGUAUGGUUGAAGUUCCACGGAAGCCUGUUUUCAAGGCACCUUUCGUUGACGUCACUGAUACAUAUGCAUUCAUACAGGAGCCUUGUGCUUUACCUGUUACCUGAUUGUCUGUAUUAUUGCUCAGAAAAAAAUUGCAACAAAUCCACAGCUAUAAAUCCACGACGAGAUACAUAACAGUUUCACUGCAUAUUUAGACUCCAC